UACUUGUUCAAUCUAUAGGCUGCUAACUUUCACUGAAUUUAGUUCAAAACAACCCUAAUCAAGACUUAUCAAAACCAAAUUAAUGGAGAGCACCGAUUCAUCGUCUGGGUCGCAGCACCCACGGCUGCCACCGGGGUUCAGGUUCCACCCUACUGAUGAAGAGCUAGUGGUCCACUACCUUAAAAAGAAGGCUGCAUCAGUUCCAUUACCUGUUACAAUUAUAGCUGAGAUUGAUCUAUACAAAUUUGAUCCAUGGGAGCUACCAAGUAAGGCUACGUUCGGAGAGCAAGAGUGGUAUUUUUUCAGUCCUAGAGACAGGAAAUACCCCAACGGUGCUAGGCCUAAUAGAGCUGCACCUUCAGGGUAUUGGAAAGCUACUGGAACUGAUAAGCCUAUAUUAACAUCUAAUGGAGCUCAAAAGGUUGGUGUCAAAAAGGCCCUGGUUUUUUAUGGUGGUAAGCCACCAAAAGGGAUUAAAACCAAUUGGAUUAUGCAUGAAUAUCGCCUUAUCAAUAACAAUCCUAGCUCAAAACCUCCUGGUGAUUCUGCCAACAAGAAAGGCGGCUCUUUAAGGCUUGAUGACUGGGUUCUAUGCCGGAUUUACAAGAAAAACAACCCCCAAAGGCAGAUGGAUCAAAUGGAGGAGGAGGAUUCAAUAGAGGGAAUGUUUGCUACACUGCCAAGUACUUCUAGCAACAAAAAUCCAAAACACCCUUCGGUUUCAAAGCCUGCAGGUUAUGCUUCAUUACUUGAGAAUGAAGAUACCUUCUUUGAAGGGAUACUAACAGGAGAUGGCAUGCAAAACAGUUCCAUUUCUCAAUUACCAUCUUCAAGCUUGAGGCCAAAUAUGUCCAUGACCUCAGUCUCUACAAAUACUCUUUCGGAAAAACGUUCCCUCCCUUAUCAUCAGUAUUGGAAUGAAACUACAGGAUUACCAAUGGGGCUGGCUACUUCAUCAGCAAAGCGUUUUCAUGGUGAUCUUAAUAGUGGCAUUACUGGCACUCAAGAGGAUAACAACUCCUUUGUUUCUUUGCUUAACCAGUUUCCACAGAGCACACCAUUGGUUCACCCAAGCACUCUUCAUGGUUCUCUGGGCGAUGGUGUUUUGAGACAAACCUUUCAACUUUCUAGCUUGAAUUGGAACUCAUAAUUUCAUCAAGAGUUAAUGGGCUUGACUAUGCAUACAUAUUAUGCACAUGUGCAUGUGCAAAUUAAGGUAAUUUGAAUGAAGAUAGAGGAGGUCGAGUUGUGAUUACACGAGAAAGUUCAGGAAAAUCUACAAGAACAAUUUCUUCAACUAUUUAGGCCAAAUGGACUCAUGAGAAGACUUUUGAGCUUCUUUGAUUAGCAACCAUAACAUCUAGGAUUUAGUUCACAGAGGUUGUUGUGUCAAUUUUAGCGUAUUAUGCCAUACUUCGUUGUCAUUCUCAAGAUCAUCAACAUUUCCAAAAAAUUGUCUUUAUUUAACUAGAAAUUAAAUAAAUGGUAAUGAAU